AUGAAUCAUAUAGCAAGAAUUUUGUUAUUCAUUAAUUUGAUUAACACACCGUUGCUUGUUUCCACUGAAGAUUUAUCGGACAAUAAAGUCAUUAUUGAUAUUGUAAAAGGUUAUACUCUUCGGCGUAUAGGUGUAUAUUCGUCGCAAAUUGUACCUGAAGUUAUUCAUACAUUCAUACCUAUUGAUAACUCGUGUGUUAGAAUGCCGCAAACAGAUGUAUGUUUGUAUGCUUCAUCUAAAGUCAAAACCAGUAUGGUUCAACUUGGAAUAAUGAUAACGUCUGAUCGAACGAAUCAUUUAUCGUCUUCUCCUUUUUCUUAUGAUAGCGAGAAUGUAUCAAAAUUAAUCAAUAAAGAAAUCAAUCAAGUCCUUAUGCAAUAUCACACCGAUCAUAUUAUUAAGGAAGCACAAUCAACGGCUCAUUUUAUUGAUAAACAAUUCUAUUAUAAUAAAAAAGAAGAGAGCAAUCCAAUAGCACUACCUACUAACAAUACUGUUGAUACUUAUUCAAACAUCCCACAUUUUUAUUCAACAACAAUUGAAACUAUUCAAAAACAAAUUAUGACCAAUAAGAUAGGUUUUGAUUUUUUAUCUCAAGUAGAUUUGAAUUUCUUUUUAUCAACAAUAUAUGCAAAAUUUGAUCGUACACAUAUAAUUGAAAAUACAAAGCAAUCACUAGUCAUUUUUCUUCAAACUGUUAUCGGACAAUCUGUAUUCUUAUUACGUCAUUGUUCAAUGAAUUCUCAAAAUUCAUUACUUUCUCAACCAUGUUUAGUUAUAUCGACAUUAUUUGAACAUAUCCCAGCUGACGCUACAACAAAUUUUCUUGUUUAUCGUUUAACUCCUCUACCAAUUGUCUCUAAUGGUAAUAAAUAUAUUUAUUCAAAUCUUCCAAAAAUAAUCGGAAUAAAUCCAACGUAUCAAUCAAUAAUUGCAUGGAAUAACGACAUUGAUAUUCAACAAUGUACAUUUUCGUCUAUCGUUCGAUGUGAGCAAUUUCCUAUAUCAAUGCCUAUAUCUAAAUCAUUAUGUAUAUCUCAAUUAUUGAAUGAUGAUCAAUCAGUCACUAAUACGUGCCAGAUUAGUCGAUCACAACACAUCGAUCAAGAUGUGAUUAAUAUCGUCAAUAACAUUUGGUUAUUCCCUCGACUGAAAGGAGGGUCAUACGAAAAAAAAUAG